AUGACGCAAUUUCCACUUGUAAUUGAUCGGAAAUCUCAGAAAACCGAGAAGUAUGGUUAUGCCGAGUGUGAGGCACUCGCAGGUCAGGAUGCGAGCUGGCACAAUUGCGAUUCAUUCGCAAUCAUCGCACGAGCAUUGUAUAUGAACACCUACUACAGUGAUAAAGACGUCCUGAAGAGGAUUGCGGAUGAUAAACAACCACCUGCAACCGAGGUGAAUGGUCCCAACGGCUUUAAGGUUAAAAAGAGUUGA